UCGUUUGUUCUGCCGGGCAGGGGCAGGGGCAGGGUUUUGAGGCUCAUCAGGCGGCGGCGCAAGCGCAAUGGGGCGUGGGAAGGUGGAGAUGAAGAGGAUCGAGAACAAGGUGAGCCGGCAGGUGACCUUCUCCAAGCGCCGCAAGGGGCUGCUGAAGAAAGCCGAGGAGCUCGCCGUGCUCUGCGACGUGGACGUCGGCGUCAUCGGCUUCUCCGAACGCGGCAAGCUGUUCGACUACUCCUCGCCGGCCAGCUUGGAUGAUCUGAUUCACCGGUACGAGGCGGCCACCAACACGCAACUCUACCAUCAGGAGCUGCACUACACUGAUCAUCAGGAGCAGCAGCAGCAGAUGGCCGCAAAGAUCAGCAAGCUGCAGCAUGAGUAUCAACAGCUUGAGGCCAGCUUGAAGACGUACACGGGAGAAGACCUGUCGUCUCUGACUUCGGUGGCCGAACUCGGCGAGCUCGAGCAGCAGCUCGAGUCGGCUGUCGGUAAAGUACGUGCAAGAAAGGAUGAGCUGUUCAUCAACCUGACUGAGGAGCUUCAGGUCAAGAUCAACGAGAACGGGCGCCACGACGACGACGCAGCUGCAACGGCGGGCGUGGAGGCGGAGGAGACGACGAUGGCGGAGCCGCUGCUGCCACUGCCACAGUCGCCGUCGUUCGCGUACCUCCUGGCUGUGGAGGAGAAGUCGGCGGCGAGCACAAUGCUGCGUCUGUGGCCGCCGACGGACGAGGACGCCGAUGACGGUGGGAGUUCCAGUCGACGCGGUCUGCAGCUGUGGUAACAAAAACGCGUACGCAUGGAAGGCAAGUUAGACUGGUUGCCCGGCCGUGGACGGACGUGUCGAUCAGCUGGGUGGACACCAGGACAUGACAUAAGAGAUUUACUUAAUUUGCUAAAGUAGCUAGCUUAAAACAAACAAGUUAGUUUAAGAAAGGAAAUUUCAUGAUUAAGUAGUACUAAUAGGUCAUCUAAUUAAUGCUCAAGUGGCCAUACUUUUUUAUGCCUUGGUCACAUCUAGUGGCAUUUGGGAUUUUGGGUCGAGUUGUUUAAGUGACGAAGGAUAUAAAUAAAUAAAGACCAUAACAUAGCGAGGAUAAAUCUAAGUUUUAGUACCUUUACUAAUGUUUUAUUGUUUGAUAAAGUACCUUUACUAAUGUUGAUUUGAACAAAAGAUAGGAAUGACUUUGAAAUUUGGACUUCUCAGUUGUUCCAUUUCUGAGAUGGACACAUGUCA